AGGGCGCUCCAGAGCCAUGUAAAGGGCGGCUCUAGAGGCAUGACCCACAUAGAGUAGUAGAGUGAAGGAGUGAUGGAUUUUGACGAGCGGGUCCCCGUCGGUUCGAACAUGUAUUUGCCCAGUUGCACCUACUACGUCUCGGCGGGGGCAGACUUCUCCGGUCUACCCUCGUUUUUGUCCCAGACCCCGUCUACUCGGCCCAUGACAUACUCGUACUCCUCUAACCUGCCUCAGGUCCAGCCGGUGAGAGAGGUGACGUUCAGGGACUAUGCCGCCAUUGACGCGUCCGGUAAAUGGUCACACCGGGGGAACCUGCCCCAGUGUUACCCCACCACGGAGGACAUGGUACAUCGGGACUGUAUGUCCUCGCAGCCCACCAUGGGGGAAAUGUUUGCCAAGAACAACCCUACCGCCGCUGCUGCGUAUCACCACCACUCCGGCGCGGGCUGUGCAGUGUCCAAUUUCUACGGGAACGUUGGCAGAAAUGGGGUGCUGCCCCAAGCAUUCGACCAGUUUUUCGACACAGCGUACGCUAACGCCUUAGAAACUCCGUCGUCUAACGACUACUCAGGGGACAAAACGGCCACCAAGCAGACAAGCUCCGCCGCAGAACACGCGCCAUCGUGCCGGGAAACGGAGGGGAAGGAGCCGCGCGAAGAUACCAGCAGCCCGGAGUCCUCUUCCGGCAACAAUGAGGAGAAAUCGAGCAGCAGCAAUGGACAGAGGACUCGUAAAAAAAGAUGUCCUUAUACAAAAUAUCAGAUCCGAGAACUGGAGAGGGAGUUCUUCUUCAGUGUGUAUAUCAACAAAGAGAAGAGACUGCAGCUCUCUCGUAUGCUGAACCUCACCGACCGCCAAGUCAAAAUCUGGUUUCAGAACCGAAGAAUGAAGGAAAAGAAAUUAAACAGAGACAGAUUACAGUAUUACACCACGAACCCGCUGCUUUAGGAGUGACUUGUCAUAUGCGUUUACAGACUUAUUGACUCGCUGUGGUCUCUUUCCCCUGACAUAUGUGUCAGCAACAACAACACAACAACAGCAAUGGCUGUAGCUGCAACACGAUGCUCAACUGUUAAUUUCAAGUUCGUGGACAGGCAACAUAAUCUCUCCUGAUUUCAAACCGUUUGAGAAUGAGCAUGAUUUAACUGACACACUGACGGCAUUUUGGCCAUCAGACUUAAAAAAAAAAAAAAUCUGCGGAUGUUGUCCUCACCAAGACUAUGUUCUCUUUCUUGUGUAUCCUAAUAUUAUUGUGACACAGAGUCGCCUUCAUUUUCUUCUCACAAGGCGGAGAGCCUUAUCAGUCUAAAUUUUCGGUUUUUAAGAUCGUACAAGUGGUGACGUGGUAGGUUUCCUGUGACAGUGAAUAUGUGAUGUUGUGCAUUUAAUAAUGGGGGCUAGGACUUUGGUGUGACCAAAUAAUGAGACUUGGGAGGGUGAGAUUGUAAAGUGUCUUUUUUUGUAAGGUUAUCUAUUUUGUAGCCACUAAUUUCCUAAAGAAUACCAACUGCAAAGCUCUAUCAGUAAAAUUAUGGGGAUUCGCUGUUACAUUUUGUUGACUCCAAACCCUCUACCAUUGUAAUAGUUUCAAAACAAUAUAUGUAAUCUGGUUGUUUAUAUUUUGUGUACUUGAUUACCACACCCAAUUUGGCUUUGAAUUUGAUGUUAAUGCACGGAAAACCCACAAUGAGAAGAAUGUUAACCCCAUACAGACAGAACCAGAUAUAAGCUUGUUUAACCUCAUUGCUGUAGCAGCCUAUAGUCGAAUUGUUGCCUUGCGACAUGCGUGUAGAUAGUACAGGUAACGGACAAGGCCGCAGUUUUUUGAUACCCAGAUUGAGAAAAUAUGCAUCCAGGUUUUGUUCAAAUAGGGCGAAAUAUUUUUUCCAUUAUUCACAGGUCUUCAUGUUUUUCAUUGAAUUAACAUGAAUGUUAAAUGCGUUUUGAAUAUACUGUCAGGGACAUAAUAUUGUAUCAAACUGCUUGUUAUGUCCGACACAUUCUGUAUUAUCCUAUAUUUCCAAAUUAAAAAUGAAAAUAUUAUUGAAGGAAUGUACAAA